AUGCCGGUGGCUGUGGAGACCUUCGGCUUCUUCCUCACAGCCGUGGGGCUGCUGACGCUGGGGGUAACCCUGGCGCACAGCAGCUGGAGAGUGUCCACUGUGCACGGGAACGUCAUCACCACCAACACCAUCUUCGAGAACCUCUGGUACAGCUGUGCCACCGACUCCAUGGGAGUCCACAACUGCUGGGAGUUCCCGUCCAUGCUGGCCCUCUCCGGGUACAUCCAGGCCUGCCGGGCGCUCAUGAUCACCGCCAUCCUCCUGGGCUUCCUGGGCCUCUUCCUAGGCAUGGUGGGGCUGCGCUGCACGAACAUUGGGGGCCUGGAGCUCUCCAGGAAAACCAAGCUGGCAGCCGCCGCAGGAGCCCUACACAUCCUGGCUGGUAUCUGCGGGAUGGUGGCCGUCUCCUGGUACGCCUUCAACAUCACCAGGGACUUCUUCGACCCCUUGUACGCUGGAACCAAGUACGAGCUGGGCCCUGCCCUCUACCUGGGCUGGAGCGCCUGCCUGCUCUCCAUCCUGGGCGGCAUCUGCCUCUUCUCCAACUGCUGCUGCUCUCGGGACUGGGACCCCGCCGCCGGCGCCCAGCUACCCUACAAGGCCCCCGUGAUAUCGGCCGCCAGCCUCGCUGCCCGCCUGCCCGCCGCAGCCUCGGAUGAAGAGGGCGACAGCAGCUUCGGCAAGUACGGGAAGAACGCUUAUGUGUAG